CCCAUCUCGCAGACGAAACCUAAACCUAGCAGCGGCGGCGGCGGCGGCGAAUCCCUCAUGGGCUGCGGCGGCGGCGGUUGCGGCGGCCGGCGGUGAGGCGGAACUACGGCGGCGCGGCGGGGGGGCCUGUGAGGCGCGGUGGUGGCUGGCUGGCUGGGCACGGGAGCGACGGCAGCGGCGAUUUAGGCGACGGCGGCCUUGACCCACGACAAGGAGCUCGAUUGCCGAAGGCCAGUCAAAUGGAUCCUGAAGACGUGCUAUUCAUCAGAUUUCAUUUUGAAGGCCAGUUUUUGAAUGAUGGGAAAACACUUGAAUAUAGUGGGGGAAAAGAGGCCAUGUCAUUUGUUUAUCGCAAGAACUUCUGUUUUUUUAUCUGGUUCAGAGUUUUGGUAUGCACUGCCAAACAAAGGAUGACAAGAUGUUUCAUUGGUUAUAUCCUGGAAAAGAGAUGGUUUGUGGUCUGAAAAUGGUUGCUUUAGACACCGAUUGCAAGCAGAUUAGAGAUUGUGUUGCUGUUGGAAGUAUAGCUGAAAUAUAUGUGGAGCUAUAUCCAAAUUCUGAAAACGACAAACACGACAGGGAUCCAGACAGAGAUGUUGAGCUUCUGAUGGGUCCGAAUGCUAGUAGUGAAUCAGAGGGAGCUGCAGAUCAUUUUGUCGCAUUGGCUACUUGUCCACCUGCGGACAAUGAUUGUGUUGCAAUCAGUAACUCAAAAGGGCCUGAAGAGGAAAAUUCAGAUGCUGCAAAUGAAAAUUCAGAAGAAGAUGAAGACGAGGAUAGCAGCGAGAGUGAUUACUGCCCUGAUGAUGACAUCAUUUCCGAUGAAGAUGAAGAGGCUGUCGAGAUCAACAAGAAAUAUAAAGAGUAUAAGGCAAAGAUGAAGGCUGGACAACUAGAGCACCUUGAUGAUGCUAUGCUGGAUGGUGGGCCUGCAAUAGGGUCAUCAAAUAAGGUGGGGGAGGAAAAUGAUGGAAAUGGUACUGCAUACGAAGAUAGCUCUGAUUUGUAUGAUUCUUUCGAUGAGAUUGGCAGUGAUGGUGAAGUAAAGACAUUCAAGUCUAGAUAUAGAAGGUUCAAGGACAAAGGGGAUGUACCAGAGUUUACUCUUGGUAUGAAGUUUGAUGGCAAGGAAGAAUUUAGGCAAGCAAUUAUCAGAUAUGGUCUGCAUCACAAGAAGCUUAUCAGAUUUCCCAAAAAUGACAAGGCAAGAGUUAGGGCAAAGUGUGAUUGGCCAACAUGUCCUUGGGUAUGUCUUUUGAGUAAAACCACUAGAUCAUUUAUGCCCAAAAAGGAAGGACAAUAAGUUAGUUAACUCAACAAGAAUUGCUGCCAAGUAUGACAAGCUAAUUAGAUCUAAUCCAAUGUGGAAGAUUUCAAGCUUGAAACAACACAUUCAAGAAGAUAUGUUUGCCAAUGUGACUAUUGCUCAGGUGAAGAGAGCUAAGAAGAUUGUGAUGAAAAAGUGGCUGGAUGCAAGGAAAGGUCAGUAUAGCAGAAUAUUUGACUAUCAGUUGGAGCUGUUAAGGAGUAACCCAGGUAGCACAGUAGUGGUUAAAUUGGAACCAAAUCAAGUGAAGCCUAUCUUCCAAAGGAUAUAUAUCUGCUUAGAGGCAUGCAAAAAAAGGGUUCAUGGCUGGCUGUAGGAAGGUUAUUGGACUUGAUGGCUGCUUUUUCCAGGGAGCAACCAAUGGAGAGCUUUUAUGUGCAGUAGGGAGGGAUGCCAACAACCAGAUGUACCCUUUGGCUUGGGCAGUUGUUGAAAAAGAGAACAAUGAUAGUUGGGACUGGUUUUGUUCUUUACUUUUCAGAGAUGUGAAUGUGCUAGAUGGUGAAGGUUGGGUGAUUAGAUGCAGGAAAUGCAAGUGCACUGGUCACAAUAAAACUACAUGUCCAGGAAAUGCCACUUCAAGUUCAAAUGGAGCAGCUACUGUUGGACAAAAUGCAGCUUCAGGAAAUGCCGCUAGAUCAUUUACCAAGUCCAGAAGCAAUGCAAAAGCCUCCAAGAUGUCUAGUUCCCAGGCAAAUGUGAAAACAUCCCAACAAAGCACCAGCCAAAAAAGAGCAUCUACAACUGAUGAGAACCUUGGUCCUGUGCAAAAGAGGGCAAAUAAAUCCCUAGGACUGCCUAAGCACAAGAUGAAGGCUUCCUCCAAUAUUGCUGUAAAAAAUGUGACAGUGAACGUGCAGUCUAGUUCAUCAUUUACAGUCAAUGUUACAUCUGGUGCUGCAAGUGCUCAAGUUGGAGGAAAUAAAAGAGCAAAGAAA